AUGUCGAGCGCUACAGAACUUCGUAACAAGCAGGGUAUUGCCGACUAUACCAAGUACUGGAAUCCUGACUCGACCAAAGACACGGACAAAGAUCAGAGUGCCCGUCUAGACCAGUACACCGAUGUGGUGAACGCAUACUACGAUGGUGCUACUGACCUGUACGAGUAUGGCUGGGGCUUAAACUUUCAUUUUGCGCGGUACUACCCAGGAGAGGCCUUUUACCAGGCCUUGGCUCGUCAUGAGCACUUUUUAGCGCACCGGAUGAAUCUGCGUCCAGGCAUGCGCGUGCUCGACGUCGGCUGUGGUGUCGGUGGCCCGGCGCGUGAAAUCGCUCGCUUUGCCGGUGUGACCAUUGUCGGUGUCAACAACAAUGCCUACCAGGUGGAUCGUGCCAACAAGUACACGGCCAAGGCGGAGCUGCAGGACCAGGCCUCUUUUGUCAAGGGUGACUUUAUGAAGCUGAAGGAGCAGUUUGGCGAAAACAGCUUUGACGCCGUGUACGCCAUUGAAGCGACAUGUCACGCCCCGACGUGGGAGGGUGUGUAUGGCGAGAUUCUAAGCGUGCUUAAGCCAGGUGGUGUAUUUGGUCUUUACGAGUGGUGUAUGACCGAUGAGUAUGAUGCCGCGAACCCGGAGCACCGCAAGAUUGCACACGGCAUUGAGCUGGGCGACGGAAUUCCAGAGAUGCGUACGAUCAAGCAAGCCCGUGAAGCGCUCCGUACCGUGGGCUUUCAAAUCGAUGAGGAGAUGGACCUCGCCGACCAGGGCGACAAAAUCCCAUGGUACUACCCGCUGGAGGGUGAUAUCCGCAAAGUACAGACAGCCUGGGACGUAUUUACGUGCUGGCGCAUGACGUGGUUCGGCAAGUUUGUGACGCAGUCGGCCGUGCGUGCGCUCGAGUUUGUGGGUCUGGCACCCAAGGGCACAUAUGAGGUGGGAGAAUCUCUCAAGGUCGCCGCCGACGCCCUCGUCGCAGGUGGUCGCAUGAAGCUGUUCACGCCCAUGAUGUUCUUUGUGGCACACAAGCCAUCAGCAUAG